AUGUCUUGUUCCACAACUCAGCGCACCUUCUUCAAGGACCUGCAGCAACUUCACAGGAAAAUCGAAGCCUCAACAGAUGGUCAGGCGACCAUUUUGGGAUCCGACGAGAUGUCAGUUACUGUUUCGCUGAGACCCAAAUCUGGCUACAACGCGCAUGCAGAAUUCGUUUUAAACAAGUCAGUGGAUCAACAAUUCUUGUGUAAACUGUAA